AUGGCCGCAGUCAGUGCCUACCGGAGCCUAUUGCGCUCCGCACGCCUUGCCUUUCAAGGCGAUACUCGCAUGCUCGACGCCGCGAAACAAUCCAUCCGCCAAGGCUUCCGUGACAAGGCCUCCCUCGCCGCUUCAGACCCAACGAUCCAGCCUGCGAUUCAACACGCCCUAGACGUCGCUAACUUCCUGAAGACGAAUCUGGUCCAGGGGAAGCGGGACGGUACCACCUACAAGCUGCGUAUUCACGAACAUACCGAGCGGGGCGAUAACGAGAGCAUCAAGUUGGCGGGGAAUAACACGGCGAGUAUGGGCGGGGUAAAGUGCUGCUCGGAGAAAUAG